AUGUCGUGGCAAACAUAUAUUGACGAUACUCUCCUCGGAUCCGGCAAGAUCGCCCAAGCUGCCAUUUAUGGUCUUGAUGGUACUUUGUGGGCAUCUUCUGCAGGCUUCAAUCCGAGUGCCGAAGAAGUCAAAACUAUCAUCGAGUCCUUUAAUGAUGUCCAAAAAGUUCAAGCAAAUGGAAUAC